AAAAAAAUCAAAAGUUUCCCCGGUGCGUCCUCAUCAAGAGCAGAAAAGUUAAAAGAGACAAAAUUCAGGACAGUAUCACGGUUUCACCACUGAGGAAGGCGAAUUAUAGCGUCGAAAGCUUUGGCAAAAAUAUUCUCGUUUUCCCGUCCAAAAAAGACUAAAGAUCCCUGAUGCAACUAAAAGGAGUAGGGAAAGUACUCGUCCUUUGAACGUUCAUGCCUUAGAAUAAUGUAAAUUUCUUUUAGCUUUCCUAAGAGAUUUACAAAUAAUUAUCACGUAAUUGUCAAUAAAUGAUGAUAAGCUAACUAAUAUUUAUUAGAAAUGUGUAAGUAAAAGAAAUAUAGCGGAAGUGUGCCAAAUUUCGGCCAGCUUGUAAUUUCGGCCACUUUGAGUGUAAUUUGGGCCAUGGAAAUAAAUUAAUUAAAAUUAUAUAUGUAAUCUUCGAAUGGUCAAUGAAUUCAUUUUGCUUUCAAAUAUUUAUUCAUUUUAGGAUGUAUUAACACAAAGACCGUUAAAUUUUAGAUAUAAUUUGAAUUUAAAUUGCGUUGUGUAAAAACUCAGUGUGGAAAGAGUCUACAAAAAAUGUGACAGAUCGAUUGUGUUUCUAGCAUACAAUUUGUGGUGAAGUGCAAAAGGUCAAAGGUCAAAGGUCUUCGGUGUCUUUCAUGAAAAUUGAUUAGUUUUCAUUAAAGAUUGUUUCUGGUUAUGUUAAUAAUGAAUCAAUCUUAAAAUUUCGGGUAGAAUUUCUCAGCUGGAGUCUGUAUUUCGCGUAAAAAAGUAUGUACUUCGUGAGCGUUUCUUUGGUGAUGUAGUGUUGCUUAUUCCGGCAACAUCUUUUGCUUUCCUCAAUUUCUUAUUCAUUUUGUGUUUUUUUUUUUCAAUUUCUGAGUUUUACAAUGUCCAGAGAAAAAAACCGUCGGUUCUAUGAAAGAGAUGAUGUGGAAAAGGCCUUGGAAGAGUUCAGGAAAGGCAAAAUUCUACGUGAAUCUGCGCGUAAAUUUGAGAUGCUACUCUUCAGGACAAAUUAUAUGAAUGAUCUCAGGGCUUGUGGGUCAUAUAAACGUAUUAAACUAAAUAUUGAAAUCGUUUCAUGACGUUUUGAAAUUUUCUAUCUGUUGCGCCACAAAAGAUGGUCACAAACAAGGUGGCCGGAAUUUCACUCAAAGUGGCCGGAAUACUACCCAAAGCAAUGUUUAUAUUACUAUUAAUUUUUCAAUAUUUUAUGAAGUGAUUUAAAAAAAACAAAGAUGACAAACUAGUUUUCAAGGUUCCACCCAACUGUCCCGAAAAGGAAGUAACAAAAAAUAUCAAUAUGAAUUAAAAAUAUUGCAUUUCGGUGCUUAUAUGCAACUAUGCCGAAAUUUGGCACACUUACCCUAAGGCAUGAACGUUCGAAGGUAGAGUACUUUCCCCUACAUCUUUCUAUUUUUUUUUAAGAAACUACAAAAGCAGCGUGGUCUAUUAUAGUGCUAUUCUUAACAAUAUAACCUAUUUUGUUAAUAAAUUCUUUAAGACAUUGUUAGUAAUUAUUUCAAUAAUUAUGCCCGGCGCACAAUAACUUUUGUUUUGUAAACAUAUUUUUGACAUUUCAAUGAGAGUGAGUGAGAUCUAUAUCUAGUCAUCUCGCUCACAUGUUUGAAAACAUAUUUACAAACAAAAGUUAUUGUGCGCUGGUCAUUAAUGAGCGUUCUUGAGUUAGGGUGACGGCAUUACUUGUGGCCUGUCUCUACUUAUGGCCACGUCGCAUUUUUUGUCAGAAAACGAUUCCAAAAACCAAAAAACAUGCAAUAUACUAUUUAAACACAUAAAGUUUUUUGCGUGGAGGUCAUAAGUAAAGACAGGGGCCACAAGUAAUGUCGCCACCCUAUGCCAAGUUAUUCUCAAAACAAGAAUGCGUUUCUGGAAAAACUUAUUCAAAAAUUUUAGUGAAACUUUCCCAUUAAAUAUGAAAUUGAAAAAAAUAUGUGAAAAUCUAGGAUAGUACCACUACUUAAAAAAGGGAAGUGGGGCACGUUUGAAUUGGGGCAGAUUUAAAUUUUUUUCUCCUACUUUUUAAAUUGAUUGAUUUGUGGAUAUAAACUGUAUCAGGAUAAUGCCCAACGCACAAUGCCUUUUGUUUCGUAAAUAUGUUUUUGAUAUUUCAGUGAGAGUGAAAGAGAACUAAAUCUAGUCAUCUCUCUCACUCUCAUAGAAAAUUUUUAAAACAUGUUUACAAACAAAAAUUAAUGUGCGCUGAGCAUAUGGUCCAGCUUCAUUUAAAAAUAGGAGAAGCUUAAUUUCAAAGCUGCCCAAUUGAAAGUUGCCCCCAAUGUUUGCAUAGAGCAUAGCAUUAAAUGGUGCUACUAUCCUAAUAUUAUCAACAGUAGUCAAAUGUAAUCCAAAGAAUUAAUUUACAAUUAUUCGUAUUUAAAUCAUUUUUUUACACAAAAUAUUGUUAUAAAAAUGUUUGGAAAGAGAUAAUCUGUAAACAACAAAACAAUAAUAAACCAGUCAAUUUUUUUGGAUGAAAAAAAUAUCACUGUAAAUUGAUACAAUUAGUGGAAGAAGUAAAUUAUCAAUUAGUGAGAUUUUUUACAAUUGUAUAAAAUUAUUGAUAUUUCGUAAAAAAAAUUAAUAUUGUGGAAGCAAACAAUUUUGUAUUCAUGUAUUUUUUAGCAAAAAAAAUUUAAAAAAACAAAAAUUCUUUUUUAAGUAGAAUUGCGGAGUAGGUUUUUAUUGGGAUAAAAAAAAUGAAGUUGGAAGUAAUCAAACUUUGAAAAGUAGAUAAUUCAGAGCAGAAGUAGAAUAUUAUAAUUUUGUAGAAUAAUUUAUAUGUGACAGAAAAGUGAAGACUAAAAUUUUGAGAGAUUAAUCUGAAUGUGAAUAAUGGACAUAAAUAUUAAAUGAAAAAAAAAAUCUCAGCUAACUAAACUUCAAUAAAUCUAUAGAUGUAUGUGUGUAUUGAGAUUGAUUUUAUGAUUUAUACUUUCUCAAUAUAACUAAUGAAAAAAAAGGAGGGAAAAGGAUUGAAGUGGACUAACACGUAAAAUGAGCAAUAUAGAGGAGAUGGAAAGGAUUGACUCAAAUUCCAACAGAACAUAGUAAAUAAUUGAAUGAAAUAGUAAUAGAAUAACAAAUCUGCAUACCUAAUAAAAAAAUAUUCUGCUACACAGUAAAAAAAAGGGGAAAUUUUUUGUGUAUUUCAUGUGAAAAAUUAAAUACCGAUUUUGAGCGAAUUUUAUUGUAAUUCUAAACCCAGUAACUAAGUAUAUAACGAUAUAAUCUUUAAAAGGUGGCAACGGUGAGAAAAAAACAUGAAUAAGAAACUAUUCUAUGAAGUAAUAGAAAAAUUAUCACAAUUGAAACAAGAAAGCAAAUUAAGUAAAAUGAUCAACAUAUCACUAAAGUAAAUCUAUGUGAAUGGAUUAAUAAAAAGUAAAAUUGAUGACAACUGAGGACUAAUAUUUUGUUCAAUAACCACGCGGAAUUUUGUUAUUUCUGCAGGAUUUACAAAUAAAAAAAGAGGUUAGGAUGCUUUGAAAUGUUAGGUUAUGUCAAACAAAAACCUCAAAAUAACAUAACCUUUAAUUGUGAAUACUGCCGGUAUAAACUUUACACUCUCCAGUUGAAAACUUGCAAAAAAAAUUAGCAAAAUUUAUUUAUUUUUUGAUAUUUAUUAAAAAUAUUAGAAAAUAAACAAACUUUGACAUUGACAUCACGUCUUUAUUGAACAAAAAUACUAGUCGUGUCAUCAUAAGCAAAGGCAAAUCAAACAUUAAAACUUCGAUUACCAGAAAAAAACAUACGAAGAAUAAAUGAAAUAUUAAGGGCGGGGGAAUAACUAAUUAUAAAAUAUUUAAAAAUACUGAAAGAAAAUGAGGCCGUUUCUUAUUAUUAUUAUUAAACACAAAAGAAUUUAAGACACAAAAUCGUUUAUUGUGAUUUCUGCGUUAUAGGCUUGUUAUUUUCGGUAAAACACAGAAAAAAUGCGUUGAUAGUAUUUUCAACAAAAUGGCAUUUUUUUAUUUUACUAUCUGAAAUUAAUCAUAUAAAUUCGAAUCGAAAAUUGGCUAAGAAUAGCAUUCUUUAUGGCUCUGACACACCUUUUAGAUCAGGAAAAUUUCAUGAAGUCGAAAUUCACAUCCCUUUCUUUUUCACAUGUUUUGCAUAUGACUGUCUCAUUCUUUCGCAUACCAAAUUCGAUUGAGCUAAAUUGAAGUUGGUGUGAUAAUUAAAAGAAGAAGAAGAGUGCAAGAGAACGAAGUAGACAUAUGCAAAGCAUGUAAGAAAGAAAGGGAUUCGAAUUUCGACUUCAUGAAAUUUUCCUGAUCUAAAAUGUGUGCCGGACCUAUUACAUCUAAGUAACCUUAAUAUGAUUAUCUGAUAUCCGGGUGACAACUGUCAAACACACGAGAAAACCACAAAAUCACCCUUGCAUAGUUUUUUCUGCAUUCGGCACACUUUUUAGAUCGGUAAAAUUUCAUGAAAUUAAAUUCGUAACUCUUUCUCUCUCAGAAGAUUUGCAUAAGCCUAUCCCACUCUUUUGGUCUCAAAAUUGGACAGAACCAAAUUUAAUUUAGUCUGAUGUUCAAAAGAAGAAGUAGAGUACGAAAGAGUAAGAUAUACAUAUGCAAAUAUUUAGAGGAAGAAAGAUAUGUGAAUUUUGACUUUAUGAAAUUUUCCUGAUCCAAAAGGUGUGUUGGAGGCAUUAUAUUUCAUUUUUUACGUUCCAAUCACCCAAAUUUCGGAGAGCCCUUGUUUAAUUGACAUUGAAGGAGAAAGAUGAAGAUAGACGGAUUCCACUGAGGCCAUUGGCGUAUAGAAACCAAAUCUUCCCUGUGACACUUUAACACUAAACCUAUCAACGGUUUUUUGAUCGUUUUUCGGUCAAAUGACAAACCGCGUUAAAGUUUGAUAAAGUUUGAUAGUGACAUUGUACCGUUUAAAUAUGUGUUAAUUUUAAACUAGUCAAUUUGACCGGGUAAAUCGUAUUCGAAAAUAACAAAAAAUCGUUGGAAUAAUUUUCAAAAUAAACCAAAAAAUUGAAAAAAAAAUCAUUUGCAGAUGUUUUAUCGAUUCACUAUCUAUUGAGUCCGGUAUAGUCCGGUUAGAAAUUUUAAAACCUUUCCAAAAACUCUAAAUUCAAUCAAAUUGAUAAAGAAAUAAGCACUCUGGAGCCUCUGGAGCGAUUUGGCUUUGACUUCGAAAAUUCGAUGUCGAAAUUUGUUCAGUAAUGGGUUAUAUUUAUCGGAGAAAUGCGCAAUGAAUUUUCUCCAAAAAAUAUAUCAGGAAAUAAAGCAACCCUAAUUUAUCGUUCACCUUCUCCGAUCAGGGUUCAUGGUUCUUAUAGAAAUCACAGAGAGAACAUACUCUCCGUAUGUUCCAGCGCUUUUCGCGAGAUCAUGCCGUUGAAUACACGCUUGGUCCUAAUUCCUCUCGUUCAGUAAUAACCUUCCCGAUUUGAGAGCACUCUCCGGUUGAGGUUUUUUCUGUGCCGAUUCAAUUAUAUAUCAGACAGAACUUACCUAAAAAACCGUUCGAAGUUCGAAUUAUUAAACUGCUAAAUUUCACAAAAUUGAGCAAGAUUAUAAAAAGGACAUUUAUUUGAUGGAUAUUGCAAUUAAAACGUUCUGCCAUCCUGAAAUUUCACAAAAACUAUGUAAAAAUUCACUUUUUGCGACAAAGGUGUACGCACCGUUGUUGAUGAUUGAAAUGUCGAGAAUAGCAAAAAUUCGAAAUCUAAGAAAGCGGCGAAUAUGUGAACUCGCACCUUAGACUUCUGAGGGGCAAUUCACGAAAGUAUCCAGACAAAAUUUUGACUGGUUACUGUCUGUUUUCUGUGAAGCGAAUUUCAGCAUCCCUUUAAAGGUGAAUCUCCUUGCUAAAAAUGGAGGGUAUACAAGGUUUCAGGUCUUGUACCUGCUGGAAUUUCGGAAUGUAUCCAGAUAAUUUCACCCUCCAACUCGAGACCGGAGGGUACGAUUUCUUUACCAAAAUCUUAUAAAAAUAUUAUUUAUUUUCAUUAUUUAAUUUAAAUAAAGAUGCCCAGGCAUAAAAAUUGUAAGAAAUUAGUGGGUUUUAAAUUUUUUUUAAAGUUUAAAUAGUCCCUGCGUUCUGAAAAAAUAUGUUUUGGGUAAGUUGAGGCAGUUCAUAUUUGCCAAUUUUAAAUACGCUUCUUAAUAAAUAACCUGUCAAAUGCGUUUUGCCUGCUUUUCGGCGAAUAAAAACGGACUGAAAAAUGCAUUAUUUAGGACAGGUUGGUGAUAUUAGCUCUGAAAAAUGCGACCGGUUUUAAGUGUAAAUUUUCCCUGUUUUCGAACACAUUUCACGAUAUAUCUUCAAAACUACGUAGCUUGCAAAUUUGGGGUUUUUGGUUGCCUAUUCAAUAUUAAAUUGACUUUUAUUUUGUAUAAUAUUAUUUGCUAAUUUAUUCUACAAUGAUAGAAAACAACUACUAAACUCAAAACUUUUUCGGCACACUAGAAACAUAUGGAAAACAUAGGAAACGUCAUACCCCUGAUUGAGGGUUAUUUCGCUUUUCUCCGCAACAAAUAUGUCUCCGCCAUAUUCGCCGUCCCGUCAAUUUUUCCUGGACACAGUGCCCGCUUUCUAAUCCGGAUCGCCUUAAUCCGAACAAGUUCUCGACGGUUACAUUUAAAAUACUUCUGAGGUUAUGUAUUCAUGCGUGUUCAGCAAUGAAAAUGAACUAUUCUGUGAUGUUUUUGUUUAAUAAAUGAAGUAUAAUAGAAUAGACUUCUCCAAUUAUGUCUUUUUAAUCUUUUUUAAAAGUUUUAUUCUAAUUCUACAAAAAAGAUCUUGUAUUAUAUUUUCGAGACGUUGAAAAAAUUCAAAAAAAUCCAUCCGGAUUACAAAGCGGGCACUGUAUUUCGUGAAUUGCCCCUCUAGAGUUGUUGACAUUAUUGACAAUUGAAGUGUCAUGAUUACCGAAAUUUGAAAUAGCAGAAUAAUCAACGCUAAAACGGCGAAUACGUGAACUUGCACUUUGGGCUUCCGAUAGAUUUUCGAAUAGGUUUGGCUUGGCUUGGGAGAGGUAUUUUCUCUUCGAAAGGUUGUUUCUGAACAGAGCCACUGUGGAACACUAACGCGCUUGACGAUGACCUUCAACAAUUGUGUUAGGUAUGUUUACAAGCUGCGCCCUUGGACCAUAUCUCUGGGCACCGAAACAUUCUAUUCCUGGUGAGUUAUAAUCUCCCAUAAGUCCUCCGUCAGGGAACGGUUCCAUUUCUUUUUCGUGUAAGGGGGGAGCGUUACUUAGCCUCACUUCUGAUUCCCAGGAUAUCGGCUAAGGUGAGGGUAAUCUACACAGUAAAAAAGAGAUGAAAUUGGCUAGUUGAAUUCUAUUAGUUGAAUUGAACUGGUUGAAAUUUCGAAUAACAACCAUUGAAAAAAUCAACUUUCAAUUGAAAAGGAAUCAAUUAAAUUGCAGAACUAGUAAAAUUCAACCCUCGAUAAUGGCCCAAAUGCAAUAAAUAGUAGUAAUAAUUACUAUAAUAGUAAUAAAAUGAAGCAACAAAAUGGCAUAAACUUCAUUCAACGUCUGAUUGAAUAUUGCUACGAUUAUCGCGUGUAAUGGAAUCAAUUCGAUUUUCGUAGUAAUUUUUCAAUCGAUUAUCGCAGCAAAAAGUUCAACUUUCAACUAAUUUCGUUUGAACUCAUUCUUCUUCUUUUUAUAUUUUGUGUAAUUUCAGUACAAUUGUUGAAGGACAAUUCAACUUACACUGGUAAAAAUAAAAGGGUCAAAUUGACCCUUUUCCAAAGGAUGGAUCAUAUUUGACUCUUUGAAAGGGUCACCAGGUACCCUUCGAAAGGGUCACGGUUUUGACAUCUAUUUAAUUCCGGAAUAAACGAAUAAAAAAACAAUGAAAAAGUGAUCUUUGGUGUUCGCUCAGAUGAAAGAAAUAUGAUAUCAGUAAUAAGUUUACAAUAAAACAUGAUUAUUCGUGAUAAAUGUGCAUACGAAAUUUCAAGAGAUACAAAAGUGAACCUUUCAAAGGGUCAAAUACGAUCCAUUCUUUUGAAAAGGGUCAAUUUGACCCUUUUAUUUUUACCAGUGUAGUUUGCUUUUCAACUUCGAAAAUUCAACUUGUUUGCUUUUCAACUUUGCUAACUACGAUAAUCGUUGCAAAUUUACUACAAUUAUCGAUGCUCUCCCAUUACACGCGAUAAUCGUAGUAAUUAUUUUUUACUGUGUAGGUGCCGAGAGCUUAGUCUAUGCAGCUAUCGCGAACUAUUUUUGUCGACGAGGUUAUCCUAUUCAACUCCAUUCCCUUGCAUGCUAGAUCCUCAAUGGCUGGCAUAUUCGGAUUACCAGACCGUUUCAGGUUAAAUUCAAAAGUUUAAAGUGCUCGAUUUAGUACAUUUUACUUAAAAAAAAGUAAUAGAAAUUAUCUUUCUUAUUAUUUGAUCUACAUUUCAAGAGUAAAUGGUAAGGUUACAAGAAACAAUACAAUGAUAGAUUUAUUUAAUCAACCUCUAGUUCAAAAUUUGAAAUUACACACUUUGUUUUCAGGUUUUGAGCAUAUUUGUUACAAAUUUAUCUAAUAGAAUUUUAGGAGCUUUACAAAUAACAAUUUAGAAUAAGUUUUAUCUAAUCUAAAGCCGAAAAGUUUUAUUGGUCACAAAGGAGAAUGGUCAAAUCCGGUCCCGGAAUCGCCACGAACGGGACCUAUGUCAUUGGAUAGACAUUAGUAUAGGUAACAACUUUUGUUCUGGGAUCAAUGUUCUAAACCAUGGAGGAACAGUUCUAGAGCAUAAAAACUAUUUUUACAAUGAUGAAGAAUGAUCAAAAGUAUAUGGGCGCUGGUCCAUCCUCAUACAAACAUUAGAGUAGGCGCAUUUUGAAAAUACUAAUAUAAGGUUAAAAAAAUGCCGGGACGCAGGACGAUAAACGCUGGGAGUCCUUGUAAAAAAUACCUUUAUCCUUCCGAAAAAUCGUUGUUCUGACUACGAAUUAUACAAGAACUGCUAAAGUGAUCUUGAUGAAAUUCGGUAUAGGGUCACUGUAUGUUUUAAACUUUAUAUUUAUGCAUACCACCCCCUCCCUCCACCCUCCGUUCUGGUAGCCCUUAUACAAAAUGGGGGCACUUUACCUUAUAACUCCUUUCUAAGACGAUGUAGAAAGCUGAUAUUCAACAAGGGAACAAAACUUAUGGAAGACUUUUCAACCAUGCAUAUUAACCCGCUCCUCCACCACCCCUUCUAGUAAUCCUAUACAAAAUGAGAGCAUUUUGACCUCCUUUCUGAGAAGAAGUAGUUGGUUUGUAAAAGAAUGAAAAAAAAUGAAUACCUAAUAAAGUUAACAAUAAUUUUCUAGAUUUUAUAUGCAUUUAUAGACAUCUAGUCGAAUUACAGCUUUCUGCCUCCUCUUAGAAAGGAGUUAUAAGGUAAAAUAAUCUUAUUUUGUAUGGGGGCUACCAGAAGGGGUGAUGGAGAAAGAGUUUGGUCAGUAUGGUUAAAAAGUCUUCUUUAAGCCUUGUUCCCAUGCUGUAUUUCAACUUCCUAUCUUUUGUCGGAAAGGAGUUAUAAAGUGAAAUGCUCUCAUUUUAUAUGAUUUCUACCAGAUAGGGUGACAGAGGAGGGAGAUAUUAUACAUGGUUGAAAAGUCUUCCCUAAGCUUUGUUCCCUUGUCGAAUUUCAGCUUUCUACCUCCUCUUAGAAAGGAGUUAUAAGGUAAAGCGCCCCCAUUUUGUAUGGGGGCUAUCAGAAUGGAGGGUGGGGGGAGGGGGUGAUAUGCAUGGACAAAAACUUUAAGUCAUACAGUGACCCUAUACCGAAUUUCAUCAAGAUCACUUUAGCCGUUCUUGCGUAAUUCGUUGUCAAAACAGCGAUUUAUCGAAAGGAUAAAGGCAUUUUUACAAGGACUCCCGGCGUUUAUGGUCCUGGGUCCCGGCAAUUUUUCAAUCUUAUAUCAGUACCUACAAAAUGCGCCUACUCUCGUUUGUGGCGAUUCCGGGACCAGCGCCCAUAUACUUUUGAUCAUUCUCCUUUGACAAAACUUAAUUAAUUUGUAUAUUAAAGGAACUUCAAUUAUCAAACUUUUAACAAACAUUAUUACAAACUUUUCCCUUCAGGGUAUUAACUCUGAAAAAUAGGUUCACAACGCUAUGUAAUAAAUAGAUUGUCAAAAGAAUAGAUUUUUGCUGAUUUGACAAAACUUAUGUCAUAUUUUCGGAAGAACAAUCUUUUGACAAACUUUUAACAAACAACUCUGCUUUAAAAAAUGAGAUUUUUAUGAUUUAUCAGAUAGAAAAAAAAGAACUAUUUUGUAGAAAAUACCUCCAACGUUUUCUUUCUGUGUAUACUAUUAAUUAAAUUAAUUUAGAAGAAAGUUCGAGAACAAGAUGUCGAAUAAUUGAAUAUUUUCUCAGUAAAUAAAACCAGUAAAUAAGUAAUAAGUGUAAACAUUUCCAAAUGCCCAAAGAAUGUAAUUUAGGCAGAAAAAGAGAUGAAUAACAAUAGUGCUGAAGCGUUUCGUAGAGAGAAUUCUUUCAAGUCAAAACAAAAGAAAUGAAAGACUAAAAUAGUAAAAAAGAAAAAUAAUGAAAUUAUAUAGGCAUAUUUUACUCGAGUGAAUGUGUAAAUAAUUUUUUCUAUGAGUUUUUUCUAUUCGUAUUAAUCAUGAAUUUUUCAGUAGUUUUUUAAAAGAAAAAGAUUAAAAAAAAAAUAGACAAAAAACUACUCAUUUAAUUUUACGAUACUUGACAUUUAUUUGUUGCAACGACAAUUCGGCCAAAAAUUAAUUUUUAAUUAACACAUGUAUAAUAUUUUUUUACAAUAUAAAAUUGUUAAAAUGAAAGCGAAAUUGUUACUUUUUUCGGGUGCUCCAAAAUGUUUACAAGAGAUGCAGAAAUGUUCAAGUGAGAGCUAAGAAAAGGGUCUUGGAGUUGGGAAAUCAAAUGGAAAAUUGAGUAAAUGUUUGGCAAUUUGAAUAUCCGGUGAGAAAGUGAUGAUUUUGCAUUUUACAUUUCACAAUAAAACCCCCUUCAACCCCCCAUUAUUCCCUCAAGUUCAAUUUUCUCUUAUCACCUCCCACCCAUUUACUCUCUCUCCACUUCAUCCGUAUGAAUAUAAAUAAGGGCAAAGCGUGUGAAGAGACAUAAAUGCGGGAAAAAAGUGUUUUAAGAAAACUAUAACCCUGUUUAUUUUGGAUAUUUCAGAGGAAAAAGUGUACAAAGUUGUGAAAAAAAUGCACAUUUUCUAUCUUUUUGCCAUAUCAAUCCUUCUGCGUGUCCAUCGGGGAUUUGGCCAGACAAUCCGGGAGAAUUAUCCGGAGGAAUUGGAUGAAGUCUUUUUGCGUGAUUUGCAAUCGAGCACUCUUGUGGAUGAGGCAGAAAAAUACCAAGAAUUUCUUUCAUCGCGACAACAAUCAGGAUUUAUACCAGUUCCUGUGAUCAGUGUUGAGGGUGAUGAACCCAUUUAUAGAGAAUUGAAUGCGAAUGAAAAACUGGAAGAGGCUAAAAGUGCCCACUAUGCCUUCAGUGAAUCUGUCCAAGAUACUAUAAAUGACCAUGCUAUUGAGAGAGUUGAAGAACGGGAUGGAUUAAAGCUCAAAGGACUCUAUUCCUACAGUGAUGGCUUCUUCAAGAGAACAGUCCACUAUGAAGCUGAUGAGAAUGGAUAUCGAGUUAUUAAAGAGGAAAUUGAACCAAUUGGCGAUGGACCACGAUAUAAUCCCAAAGGAAAGGCCACUGUGGAGACCUCCUUGGCCGGACGCUAUUCCAUUACAGAAGGCGAUAGCUCACGGAGACAGCAGCAUUUAUCAGCAGACCAAGUCUGAUGCCAAUCCCAUCAUUUAUGCACGCUGGCUAUUUGUUAUUUUGAUGCUAUUGGCAUUUAAUGUGACAUUGCAAUGACAUUAUGCAUAUCAUUGGUAUUGAUAAUUGUACUUGAAGUUAAGUUAUUAAACACGAAUGCGAGAGA